GGGAGGGAAGGCGACGGCAGCGGCGGGUCCGGGGCCGUGGGGCGGGGCGGAGCGGCCGCCAUCACAUAUCGUGUGGCAACCAGCGAGCAUCCCCGGGACACGCAACGGCGCGGCCGGCGGGAGCGGAGAUUGUUCUUUGGAGUUGUGGAGAAUUCACAGUCUUUCCACAAUGGGAGAAAGGACAGAUUGUACGAAGUCGCAUGGUUCACUGGCUGAAUACAGCCCCGUCAAUAAAUCAGACAGGACAGAUCCAAGUGACAGCUGUGAAAUGCAGGAUGGAAACCAAAAUACAAUGCAACUAAAGAAAGAAAUAUCUUUGAUAAAUGGGAUAAGCCUUAUAGUAGGCAACAUGAUUGGUUCAGGUAUCUUUGUCUCUCCCAAAGGAGUUCUCAUCUACAGCAAAUCUUAUGGGUUGUCUCUAAUAAUUUGGGCAAUCGGAGGGAUUUUUUCAGUCUUUGGAGCUCUCUGCUAUGCUGAACUUGGAACCACUAUUACGAAGUCAGGAGCCAGCUACGCAUAUAUCUUGGAGUCUUUUGGGAGCUUCAUCGCUUUUAUUCGUUUGUGGACCUCGCUCCUAAUUGUUGAGCCAACUAGUCAGGCAAUUAUUGCCAUCACCUUUGCGAACUACAUAGUUCAACCUUUCUUCCCUUCUUGUGAUCCUCCAUAUUUGGCUUGCCGUCUCAUAGCAGCUGCUUGUGAGUGUCUUCUAACAUUUAUAAAUUGUGCCUACGUUAAAUGGGGAACACGGGUGCAGGAUGUAUUUACUUAUGCUAAAGUCACUGCUCUUAUUGUCAUCAUCAUAACUGGACUUGUUAAAAUAUGCCAGGGAUAUUCAUCGCACUUUGAGAACUCUUUUGAGGGAUCCUCUUCUGAUAUUGGAGACAUUUCCCUCGCGCUCUAUUCUGCCUUGUUCUCUUACUCUGGUUGGGAUACGCUCAAUUUUGUAACAGAAGAGAUCAAGAACCCAGAAAGGAACUUGCCACUAGCUAUUGCAGUGUCUAUGCCAAUUGUGACUGUUAUCUAUAUUAUGACCAAUAUAGCUUACUAUACAGUGCUGGAUGUCAAAGCCAUUCUUUCUAGUGAUGCUGUGGCAGUGACAUUUGCUGACCAGGUAUUUGGUAUCUUCAGCUGGACAAUUCCCAUUGCUGUAGCCUUUUCUUGUUUUGGUGGACUUAAUGCUUCAAUUCUAGCAUCAUCAAGGCUAUUUUUUGUAGGAUCGCGAGAAGGUCACCUUCCUGAUCUGUUGUCUAUGAUCCAUAUAGGGAGGUUCACACCUGUGCCAGCACUGCUUUUCAAUUGUGUUAUGACCCUUAUUUACCUGGCUGUGGAAGACGUCUUCAAGCUUAUUAAUUACUUCAGUUUCAGUUACUGGUUUUUUGUUGGUCUGUCUAUUGCUGGGCAAUUAUAUCUACGUUGGAAGCAACCAGAUCGACCCAGGCCUCUUAAGCUGAGUGUGGCUUUCCCAAUAAUAUUCUGUAUAUGCACAGUAUUUCUGGUGGUGGUGCCGCUCUAUAGUGACACCAUAAAUUCAUUGAUUGGAAUUGCCAUUGCUUUAUCUGGAAUUCCAGUCUUCUUCUUGGGAGUCUAUUUACCUGCAUCAAGAAGACCUCAGUUUAUCAACAAGAUUUUAGGUGCAGUCACACGAAACAUGCAGCUGCUCUGUUACUGUGUUUUAACAGAGAUGGACACAAAUGAAGAAAAGAAGUUAGAAAUCAAAUCCAACUAGGAUUUCAAAGCCAUUACAAGAAACAGGAGGGAGGAUAAAGCAAUUAUGACAAAAAAAGGGAAGAGAUGGAACUGGAAAAACCAGGAAAACUGUUUCCAGCGGUCUUUCAGAAACUCUGAAAAUGUAUUUAGUUGCAGUUGGAUUUCCAUAAAAAUUGUGCCCUCGCAUCACCAUCCUAAACUGUGGCAUAUUUUCAGGGCAUGUUUUCAUUGGAUAAUGAUUACCUACUCAUUUCAGGCAUACAAGCUAUGUGUCAGUACUGUUCCUUCUUCAGAAUUGGUAUUAAAAUGGUAAGAGCUAAUGGAUCAAAUUAGAUUUUUGCAGAACCAGGUGGUGAAGUAAUGCAUUUUUAAGUUAGACUGAAAACCACUUUGACUCAGACCAAAAGUCAUUCCAGCUUAAUUCUGAUGGAUGUUUGCAUGAAGUGAUUUGCUGUGCUAUCUCAGUUCUUAUCACAGAAGACAAGUGGUCACAAGAAACUACCUGAUUUGUCAUUAUUAGCAGAAAAAUUAAUAAAGUUGUGCUGUAUUAUUUAAAGACAGAA